CUCGCCUUGUUUCAGCUCAGGCCCUGUGAGAGCGAGUGGCAUUCUGCUGGGCUCCAGUCACCCAAGGGACAGGAGAGGUGCUGCCUUGGUGGAUGAGCAGAUACCCCUGGAAGAGCCAGCUGUGUGAGAUGGUGCAGCCCGGAGGCGGCCCAGCAGGGGACCAGGACGUUCUGGGUGAAGAGUCCUCUCUUGGGAAGCCGGCGAUGCUGCAACUGCACACGGAGCAGGGCAGCCCUGAGGCCCUCCAGCGCUGUCUGGAGGAGAAUCACGAACUCCGAGAUGCCAUCCAGCAGAGCAACCAGAUGCUGCGUGAACGCUGUGAGGAGCUGCUGCACUUCCAGGCCAGCCAGAGGGAGGAGAAAGAGUUCCUUAUGUGCAAGUUCCAGGAGGCCAGGAAGCUGGUGGAGAGGCUGAGCCUGGAGAAGCUGGAGCUGAGGAAGCAGAAGGAGCAGGCCUUGCAGGAGGUGGAGCAGCUGAAGAGAUGCCAGCAGCAGAUGGCCGAGGACAAGGCUUCUGUGAAAGCCCAGGUGACAUCCUUGUUGGGGGAACUCCAGGAAAGCCAGAGCCGCUUGGAGGCCGCCACCAAAGAAAGGCAGGCUUUGGAGGCCAGGGCACGGGUGGCCAGCGAGCAGGUGCGGCAGCUGGAGAAGGAGCGUGAGGCGCUGCAGCAGCAGCACAGUGUGCAGGUGGACCAGUUGCGCAUGCAGAACCAGAGCAUGGAGGCUGCACUGCGCAUGGAGCGCCAGGCCGCCUCGGAGGAGAAGCGGAAGCUGGCCCAGCUGCAGGUGGCCUAUCACCAGCUCUUCCAGGACUAUGAUAACCACAUCAAAAGUAGCGUGGUGAGCUGUGAGCGCAAGCGAGGGAUGCAGCUGGAGGACCUGAAGCAGCAGCUGCAGCAGGCUGAGGAGGCCCUUGUGGCCAAGCAGGAGGUGAUUGACAAGCUGAAGGAGGAGGCCGAGCAGCACAAGAUGGUGAUGGAGACAGUGCCGGUCCUAAAGGCACAGGCGGACAUCUAUAAGGCUGACUUCCAGGCAGAGCGACAGGCCCGGGAGAAACUGGCCGAGAAGAAGGAGAUGCUGCAGGAGCAGCUGGAACAGCUGCAGCGUGAGUUCGGCAAGCUCAAGGCCAGCUGCCAGGAGUCGGCCAGGAUCGAGGACCUGAGGAAGCGGCAUGUAGAGGUCCCGCAGCCUGCCCUGCUCCCUACCUCUGUGCACCAUUCCUUUCACAUGCCCAACCAGAGGAGGAGUCCCCCUGAGGAGCCCCCCGACUUUUGCUGUCCCAAGUGCCAGUAUCAGGCCCCUGACAUGGACACCCUGCAGAUCCACGUCAUGGAGUGCAUCGAGUAGGACCUGCGGCUGCCACACGUGGGACCUUGCCACCUCUGCCACCCUUCCCAGUCCAGAAUCCAGAAUUGGUGCCAAAGAGCGGGCCUAGUAGGUAGCUGGCCUCAGCUCUCUGCUCUUCCACUCUUCUCCUUCCCUUCUGUCUGCCUGAACUGCUGGUCUCUCCUGCCAGCCCCCAGAAUCCAAGAUGGAGAGGCCCUAGAUCUGGGUACCUCCCCAGCGCCCGCCCCAGCACUGCCUCUCCUGGCGGAACUCCCACGUGGCAGCUGCCCCGCAGCCUUCACCCAGUGCCGCUGAUGGAUUGUUUCUGCUCAUAAACAAUGGUGCAGUGAAAAUGCUGGCGCACUAAGCAUGCGUGUCUUUGGGAUAGAGGCCAAGAGGUAGAGCUGUGACCUCCGAGGGAUGGGUGGGUGGACCUCUGGUUUGCGGCCAUCCCCUGGGCCCUUUUCCCCCAAGAGUGAAGUCUCUUUCCCCAGGGCGUGGGGCCCUUUUACUCUGGCUGUGAGCAGGCUGCACUUAUUUUUCAGCCAUUUUUCUAUUGGAUUGUUGCCUUUUCAUUCUCAGUUUUUAGCAGCACUGUGGUCAUUAGGCAAGAGGGCCUCUUGUCUGUGACAGAAACUGUAUACCUUUUUCCACUUUGUUUUUGCUACCAGUGGUUUUUGGCCUUCAAGGUUUUUUGUGUUUUUAAGACAAGGUCUCACUGUAUCCCAGGCUGGGCUCGAACUUCUGAUCUUCUUGCCUUAGCCUCCUGGGGUGCUGGGAUUACAGGUGUGCACACAUUGCCUGGCAGAGGUUUGUAUCUUUAUGUAGUUAACGUCCAUUUUCUCCCUUGUAUGGCUUUGGGUUUGGAGUUGCCAGCCCUCUGUGGUCUGCCAGGGGGGUGCUUCAUGCUUGUACACUUUUCUUUGCCUUUGCGUAUAUUGCCUGGUGUCAGUGGUGGCCACAGUCCAUCAUGUUCUAGAAGCUGGUGAUGCCACAUCCUCCCCCGACCCCAAGCACCCCGGCCUUACAAGUGGAAGUCAGUUGGCACUGUUGGGUAGAUCAGGAACAGUAGGGCAUUCUUCACUCUGUGAGAGGUUCUGGGCACUCGGAGGAUGGCACAGCAAUUCUGAUGCAUGGAAAAAAUUGGAAGUUGGAAAGGCCUGCAGUGCACGUGCAGCCCCAGCGCUGCCCGUGCCACCCCUACUCUCUGGACCAGGACUUCCUCCUGUGUGCCUGUGAGAGGCCUGGCUCCUUAGGCUCUGAGACCUGUAGAGAUCAGCCUGAGUCUAGGGGCAGCGAGCAGCCUUUCCGUUUCCUGAAGUCCGGGCAUAUUACCACCCCAGACUUGGGAAAGUGAUGAAGGCACAGAUAGGUUCUGUCAUGGGUAUUGCAUUUCAGUCCUGGUCUUGCAACUUUUUUGCAAGAGCGCUGAUAGUUCUGUUUUGCCAUAAACCUGCUUUAAGAAAACAAAAACUCAUUCUUUUCUAUUUGGAAACCAGAAUCUAAAGGGAGUUUGUUUGGUUUUCUUUUUCUUUUCUCCUCCUCUUCCACCAUCAUCUCCUCCCCCUCCU